AUGCCUGAACCUACACAUGAACACAUCUAUGGCGUUAAUAAAUGGCAAGAUUUCAGUCGUCGUGUUUUCGAUUAUAUGUAUUUCUAUCCGGUAGAAUGGUUUCAUGAAAAUAUUGUUGAACGUUUAAGAGGUCCAUCUUAUCCUUAUUAUCACCGAAAGUUUAAUCCCGUUAAGACCAUCGAUGAAUGUGAAAUUGAUGAUAAAGUUUGUUUUUAUGAAGCAAACCAAGUUUAUGAGCGUGACAAACGUAUUGAUACGAUAAUUCUAGAUAUAUUAUUUACUCGUGCUGCUCGAUGUAGUAUCUAUGAAGGAAAAUUGGAUCAGGAUACUACAUGUCGUAAAGAAUUGGAUGAUUUAUUUCAAGCAAGAUGUAAUUAUUAUCAAAAAUAUGGUGAAAUGGGUGUACCACAUUCAGUUAUCGAUGCUUAUAUGAAACAAAAACAUCAUAUGGUUUAUAUGAGACGUCAUCCCGAUUAUGAUUUCACUGGAAUUGAUGAUCAAAGAAAAUUUGAACAAGAACGAAAGGCUAAUAUGAAAAAAAUUCGUCAACCAUUGCAUUGA